UUCAUCACUAGCAUCUACAACGUUGUGCCGCUAUUAACCGUCCCCGCCAAAGAAAGACCCCGUUGGCACACCUAGUAUCUUCACAUCUGCGAGCGAGCGACAUUGAAUACAGCAGCAGUGCAGAAACCACAGCACUCACGGCAAUUGAAUCGAGUCUCUCACGAUGACUGUCGCUCAGAAUGGCACGAACGGCCACGCAUCGAUCGAAACGCCACCACGAGCACCCUCGCCUGCACAACGAUUCGGCACUCUGGCAGUGCACGCGGGAUCCCCGCACGACCCGGUGACCGGCGCGGUCAUUGAAUCGAUCUCCCUCAGCACAACAUUCGCCCAAUCUUCCGUCGGCAAGCCCAUUGGCGAGCACGAAUACGUCCGAUCGUCCAACCCGAACCGCUGGAACUUCGAGAAUGCCGUAGCCGCUCUCGAGAAGGCCAAAUAUGCGCUGGCCUUCUCCUCCGGCUCCGCGACCACGGCCGUCAUCUUGCAAAGCCUCGCCGCCGGCAGUCACGUCGUAUCCGUAUCCGACGUGUACGGAGGCACUCACAGAUAUUUCACCAAAGUAGCCUCUGCACACGGCGUGCGCGUCACGUUCACACCCAGCAUCGAGCUAGACCUGGAGAGCCUGCUGACUCCCGAGACGAAGCUCAUCUGGAUCGAAUCGCCCUCCAACCCGACCCUGUCGCUCGUAGACAUUCGACAUGUCGCUGACAUCGCGCAUCGCAGCGGAAUCCAGGUCGUUGUAGACAACACCUUCCUCUCACCAUACAUCCAGAACCCUCUCUCCCACGGCGCCGACAUCGUCGUGCACAGUGUCACGAAAUACAUCAACGGCCACUCCGACGUCCUCAUGGGCGUAGCGGCGUUCAACUCCGACGCCCUGAAAGAGCGGUUGUCGUUCUUACAAAACGCCAUCGGCGCCGUCCCCAGCGCCUUUGACUGCUGGCUCGCCCACCGCGGCCUCAAAACCUUGCACCUCCGCGUGCGCGAAGCCAGCAAGAACGCCCUGGCCGUCGCCCAAGCUCUCGCCGCCAGCCCGCACGUCGUCUCCGUCAACUACCCCGGCCUCGACUCGCACAAGCAGCGCAAGAUCGCUGUCAAGCAGCACCGCGACGGCCUCGGCGGGGGCAUGCUCUCCUUCCGCAUCAAAGGCGGCAACGCCGCGGCCAACCUCUUCUGCGAGGCCGUCACCAUCCCCACGCUGGCCGAGUCCCUGGGUGGCGUGGAGAGUCUGGUCGAGGUCCCCGCCUCCAUGACGCACAUGGGCAUCCCCAAGGAGGCGCGGGAGAAGUCGGGGGUGUUUGACGAUCUCAUCCGCCUCUCGUGCGGCAUCGAGGACGGCGAGGAUCUGGUGGCGGAUGUGCUGCGCGCCUUGGAAAAGGUCGUUGCCGGCGGAGCGAAUGGCACCAAUGGCCACGCUUGAAGGAGGAGGGGAUGAAGGCAGUGGGCCACCUCAACGAGAAAAAGCCAUAGCGUCGGGGAAAACAUGGGUGGGAAGAGUGUGCGUUUUGAGCGAGGAUACAUUUGUUCUUCUUGGGUGUGGCGCUUGAUCCGAGGUCACGAUAAACCUGGACAACGAUAUAGACGACUUCUCCGAACGUCAUGGUUUCGGGUUGUGUAGACGAAGCGGCGUGCAAACGCCUGG